CUUAAUCUAGAAUUUCUGAUCAUCACCCUGUACCCUUUAAUAAGUGACGUCUUCUCACAUGAACAUGACAAGAAGAACAUUUUUUGUCAUGGAGGUAUCUCUAUAAGAUCUCUAUGUUUAUAUGAUAGUUUCCUUUUUGGUAUAGUUGCUAGUACAGCUUGCUUUGACCUAGACUUUUAAAUAAUUGACACGUAAAUAUGGCAGACCGCAUGUCAAUUUGAAUCCGAAAAUUUUCUCCAAAUUUAUCGUCCCAUUUCAUAUUCAUCAGUAUUUGUGUCCGUACUGAGAUUUCUGGUAAAAUUGUGUACUCAGUUUCACCAUCAACAUCUGGCAUUCUAUCGAAGAAUUGUAGGUGGUAGUUAUCAUAAUCAGACAGCAUCCCAUAAAUCAGAAAUCGUAAACGAUACUCAAUUAGACAUGAGAAUAUUUGAACUAUGGUACAACAAUAUCCUGAUGAAGCCAAAAAUGAAGCUAACCAAACCAACAAACCUGACCGAGAAAAUGACAAACAAUCAUCAUCGAACUCAUGCCCAUUUAUGCAGAACCAUAGACAAUUGUACUUACGUAAGGUCAGAAACCUAGCUUCAAUAAAAGAAUUAUUAGUUUUAGACAAAAAACAAGUCUAUCAGAUAUCAGUUUCUAACAUUUCUCCUAAUGUAUGCAAAACUUGCGGUAAAGCAAUAGGUAAUGAAGGCAAAAUAUCUGCAUCGACUCAGAUAUCAGACUUCAGUUCAGAAAUAACAAUAUGUCGAGAAUUUGCUACCGGUACACGUGAAGCUGUUAGAGACUCGUCUUGCGAAGCUGUCUGCCUUGCCAUUUGCUCUAGAAGAACAAAAAAGAAUUCCAAAAAAACCUCUUCUUCAGAAGAUAAGAGCGGGAGAUGUUAUUGUGAAGAAAGUAUACUAUCGCAAGAAAGCUUGCCGUAUUGGGUAGUUCAAAGAAGACAAAAAUUACUCGAAGACGAGUCUGGACAUUCUCAAAAGUACAUCCAGACCCAAGUAUCCGACUUUACACCAACAGAUUCAACUUUACACAAAUUUGUCUGCAAAGCGGACUGUUGUAAAGAAGGCGUUUGUCCCAAUGCCGGCUGUACUUGUCCAUACAGAGUAUCCCGUUCUGAAACAACAGGCGAUUUUGACGCAAGUUGCGCUUGCUCUCAAAGCACCGGCAACACUGCCCUAAAUCAAAAAGUACCACAAACCCAAAGUCCAACGGUUUCUUCUGCAGCCUGUUCGUGCCACGAAUGUUUGUGUUCAACCAAUACCGAUCAGACUAAAGAUUUUUCGCUAAACGUCAGCAUGGAAAGUAGUAAAGAAGACAAACCAUCAAUUGAUAUGAGCUGCGCGUGCGUCAAUUGUGUUUGUUCCAGUAACGCAAGCGUUUUUCAAUCUAAAGCGUCUGAAACCGAAGCUUUUAUUGUAGAAAAACGAGCUGAUAACCUUGCUAAAGGCGAAUUGGGAACGUUAGGGAUCACAAGAGAAUUUUCAAACAUUGAAUGUAUAUAUUCCAACGACAGGUUUGAUUAUUUAAAAUCCCACACUGAAGAAAUUAAAUUGCAUGAUUCCAACGACUAUCAAGGUACACCGAGUGAUUAUCCUGAGAUAUCCGAUGAUAUUGCCGAAGACGCUAUUGGUUCAAAAUCGAAAACGUUGAUAGGACCAAUCAGAAACGCGAUUUAUCCAAAUAUGCAAACAUUGGAAAGUUUGGAUGUUUUUAAAGCUGUACUAGUAAAAGACCCAUCAGAUCCAAUGAAAGCUAAACCAAAAGCACAACCCAGCACCGAAGCCAUAGCUCCUGGUUAUAGAAGCAUGUGGGUUGAAACACUCAAAGAGCAAUCGCUUAUUCCGCUGCCAGCAAGAAGCAACAUAAUGAUUUUUCCUUCGGGUAUCGCCUUGUAUCAAAAUAAAUCCAAAGAACAGCAGAAAAGCGGGAAAAUUUUGACAGAUACAGAAUCGGUGCGACAGGCUUGCACAGCUGCAUUAUGUAAAGCUGUUUGGUUAGCGAUUCAGAAUACCGAUAAACCAAUCAAUUUGUUAACGGCCAACCAACGUACUGAUAUUUGUUCAAAAAUCCAACCGAAGUCUGAUAUUAAGAUUACGGAGAAAACCAUGGAAGACUUACGAAAAGAUAAAGACAAGCAAACAUCAAAACCAACGAAAAUUCCUCAAAAAGCAAUUGCGAGCGAUUUAAGCAAAGAAAAAAUCAAAAAGAAUAGCAGUGUAAGCAGAACGAAAUUGGGCGCAGAUACCGGCAAAUCAAAACUAGGGAUCGACAGUAAAACAAGUAGAACGAAACUAGGAAACAGUACCAAAACUCGUCAAAGCAAAGAAGGAUUCAAAAAGAACGAUAUUUGUCGCCCAACCGCUUCAACUUUCAACAGAACGAGAACAGUCCCUCCCGCUUCAGCCAAUACCAACAAAGAACACGGCAAAAAAGAAAAAUCCCAAGUUCCAAGCUCCAAAAUUAACUCCAAAGGCAGCGGAGUAGUAUACAAAGAGCCGACGAAAGCGAAAGAAAAAGACCAGAAGGGGAGAGGUAAAGUAAAAGAAGACAUGUCUCCACGAGAUGGUAAAGUAUGUCUGAGCAAGCCAAAAAUAUGCCCUGCGAUCCAUCAAAAUAAAGACGAAUUUCCAGGUAUCAUACGAGCCGAAGUAGAAGAAAACGUAACAUUUGGGGAUAUCGGCAACAGCUUCAUCUUAUGCAGCGUGUGUUCGACUAUGUCCCAAGCAACUUCCGCUCUAUGCGUCGCCGUACCACAAAAGGGCACUCCAAUAUUCCCCACGCGUUCCUUUUGCGACAAGAACGAGGGCACCGCCGAGCUGCAAGUCCGUUCGCCUCCCGAGAUGAGGAUCGUGUCUGAACAAGGUAGCCCUACCAGUUCCAAGGGCUUUGUUUGUUCGUUCCCCGCCAAGAUUUGUCCAAUCGGGUCUGUUAGUCAUAAUGGGAGUCCAGUGACGUUAGUUUCAGACACAGACGGAGUAGCUCAAGAUAACGAAUCCGGCUUUAAAAUGCCCGAAGAUCUAGCCGUUAUUUGUUCAGGAUGCGGCUUUUGGCAUAAACUGUACAAAUUUCCGACGAUUCAAGAAAUGAAAGCCUUCACGCCCCUCCAACUAGCCUCGCUCUGCCAAUGCGACAGUUGCAAUUGCAAGGUUUGCUGGAACAAACCAAAAUCACCAACAGACAAGAAUCCAGUCAUAGAAAACGUCUGGCCCGAAUCUCCAAGAUCGCCGAAAAAGCCUUCCAGUAUGGAUGAUCACGAUUGUGGUUGUAUUGCGUCCAAAGACAAGCACAGCAGCAACAGCAACAAAUGCGAUUGCACCAAAUGCAGUCUCGUUGCUAUGAAAAAAGAGAUAGAAUCUUUGCGGAAGAAGCUGACGGUGCUAAUUAAUGGCAACAAAGAUACAAAAUCGUACAAAUUGACUCCGAGUUGGACCAAGAUCAACCAAGAAUUUACGGGUACUUCCAAAAGAACGACCGUUAUUAAAAAACCUGCUGUCAUCGACAUGGAUAAAAAGAAACCUUUUGUGCACCCGAAAGCCACUUCAAGACAAUCCAAGGAGCAAAACAGAAUUCCAUCUGAAAGGUCUUCCAGGACGUCUUCUCUCUUCGUAACUAACAACUACAGCCUAAGAGAUACCAGGAAAGGCGUGGCAUCCUCUACAGCGGCAGUAACUCCAAGGACCCUCGAAAGAUCGGACUCCAAACCUAAGAAAAAGGCUACCAAUUCUAAAACUACUAAAGGGGUGCCGAAAGAUUGGUACAGAAAUUCUUGGAAGUAGAAAUUUGGUUGAAUAAUACGGUUAUUGUUGUUGAUUUAAAUUCAAGGGUGACUUGUUGGUGAUUUGCAAGCACCGCUGAAAUCUUUUUGAUGUUUCGAGAUGACUGAUUUGAUGUUUGAGUUUGUUAUUGCGACCUGGUCGCAAAAAAUCAGUCGCAAGAGUGAUUGUGCAAUAGAGAAAUAUACUGUGCCAGAAAAUGAGCGUUUUAUUUUCAAUUGUUUUGUAGGUUUUUCAUGUUUUUUGUAUGAUUUAACUUUAGUUUAAUCAGAACCGGACUAGG